AUGGAAGAAGUUGUCACCGAGCAACCUGCUGCAAGUCAACCAGUGGAAACAAGAGAAUGGGAGUCAGGAUUAUUUGAGUGCACAAAUGAUAUGACCAGCUGUGUUUUGUCACUUUUCUGCCCAUGCGGAUAUUUAUGUUACUUGUACUCGUACGCAAGUGAACCGUGCUGGUUACCAUUUUUAGGAGCUGGUCCGGGUCCACUUAGAAUGAGACAACGUCAUAGGCACAAUAUCAAUGGUUCAAUGACAAAUGAUUUUGUACUAUCUUGUCUUUGUACACAAUGUGUCAUGUGUCAGUUGAAAAGAGAUAUGGAUUAUGUUCUUCAAAAUGGUGGGACGUGUAACCAUACAGCGUCCUUCAGAAAACUUCUCAGUAAAUGA